UUCCCCAUUUGAUACUCCCAGCCAACACCUGCUCUCCACACGCCCUUUCCCAACUCCAACAUAUAAAAAUAAGUCUUUAACUUCCCUAAUUUCAUUUUUGCGAAUCUCUUUCAUCAUUCCAUCCAUCUUCCACAAGGACAGCCAAUAGCUUUUCACAUCAAACAUACAAGGUGGACUCAAAUUAGAGAUGGAUACAGAAAAUCCUGCUCCAGUAAUUGAAAAGGAUACUACUGAUGUGGAGACAUCAUUAGAUAGCUCUCAUAUCGGCAAGAAGAUUCAGAAGAAAGUUCCAAGAAGAAUUCACAAAGCUGAGAGAGAGAAACUGAAGAGAGAGCAUCUGAAUGAGCUUUUUCUUAGUUUGGCUGAUGCUCUUGAACUAUCUGAGCAGAUGAAUGGAAAAGCCUCUGUAUUGAGUGAAACUGCUCGAUUUGUAAAGGACAUGCUUUCUCAGAUCAAGCAUCUGAGGACAGAAAAUACAACUUUGCUGUCUGAAUCUCAAUACCUGAGUGUGGAGAAAAAGGAGCUUCAGGACGAAAAUUCAGCUCUAGAGGCUGAAAUUAGCAAACUGCAAAGUCAGGUCAAAGCAAGGGAACUUGAGACUAAUCUUGACCUAAAUCUAGCUCCUCCUGAAAUACAGCGCGCAGAGUUUGCAUUACAAAAUAACUAUAUGAGAUUGCCUGCUUCAGAAAACGCAUUUCAGCAGUCGCAAAUCAUGAACCCUUUUUAUGUCUAUCCCUUGAGUUCUAAUCCCCAGGCUUAUCCAGCGCCUCAUGCUGCAGAUUCCGCAGGUGUGCCCACAUCUACUGUGAAGAAACCACAGCCCAGAUAUCCCACACCAACUGAUGUAUGGCCAUCUGAGAUCUUCGAAAAGCAGCCUCGGUUAUUGCUACAGGAGGUUCAAGAUGGUGCAUAACAAUAGUAAUUUAGAAGAAAUGAGGCAUUCAUACAUAGGGAAUGGCAUGUAUAAUUGGGUAAUGUAGAUUUGGACGAUAAGCAGCAGAUUCCGGAAUACUUUGGACUUGCAGCUCUACGUGGUAUAUAACCUUUUGUUAUAUUUUGACCAACAAUAAUCUAGUUGUCUUUCGAGAUAGUAGUUGGGGAGCAACCAUAGAAGUGUUAGAUACAGAAAUGAAUUUAGAUGUUGAACUGUUACAAUGUUCUUGCUGUUGAAGUCAUUUUCAAGCUCUGGGUUUCUAAGGAGGCAAAAUUAGUACUAGUCCAUUCUACUUUGACAAGGCAGGAGACAAAGAAAUGAAUGCCGUAGUGUCAUUAUUGUACGAAUCUUGAGAAACUGACAAAAACAAUCACUCAUGUUUGGAGUAGGUUUAAAAUUGUUGCUUAGAUUUAUUCUUGAGCA